AUGUUUAUGGGAGGAAAUACAGCAAGUUUUAAUCCGAUGAAAGAUAUCGUGGUAACCUCUCCACCAGAUGAUAGUGUUACAGUUGUCAAAUUCAGUCCAAGUACAUUGCCCUCAACAUAUCUGAUUGCUGGUAGCUGGGAUAACAAUGUCCGUUGUUGGGAGGUUCAGACCAAUGGCCAAACCAUUCCUAAGGCUCAACAAACGCACACAGGAGCCGUCCUUGAUGCUGAUUGGAGUGAUGAUGGUACCAAAGUUUUCACUGCCUCAUGUGAUAAAACUGCAAAAAUGUGGGACCUAGCAAGUAACCAAACUGUCCAAAUAGCUCAGCAUGAUGCUCCGAUCAAGACAGUUCAUUGGAUAAAAGCUCCUAGUUAUUCUUGUGUAAUGACUGGCAGUUGGGAUAAAACAUUAAAAUUUUGGGAUACAAGGAGUCCUAACCCUAUGAUGGUGAUAAAUCUACCAGAAAGAUGUUACUGUGCUGAUGUUAAAUAUCCAAUGGCUGUAGUAGGAACAGCAGGUCGAGGUCUGAUCAUUUACCAGCUUGAGAAUCAACCACAAGAAUUCAGAAAACUAGAGUCUCCAUUGAAAUUUCAGCAUCGGUGUGUGAGUAUUUUUAUGGACAAAAAGACCAACCAACCGACUGGCUUUGCCCUUGGUAGCAUUGAAGGUCGAGUUGCCAUCCAAUAUGUUCAGCCAACAAAUCCAAAGGAUAACUUUACCUUCAAAUGCCAUCGGUCAAAUGGAACCACAAAUGGGAUGCAGGAUAUUUAUGCAGUAAAUGGAAUUGCUUUUCAUCCUGUCCAUGGAACUCUCUCCACUGUUGGUUCUGAUGGCAGAUUCAGUUUUUGGGACAAAGACGCACGCACUAAAUUGAAAAACUCUGAGCAGUUUGAUCAGCCUCUCACCAAUUGUUGCUUCAAUGCUCAAGGAAAUAUAUUUGCUUAUGCUUCAAGUUAUGACUGGUCAAAGGGACAUGAAGGUUUUGAUCCUCAGAGAAUGAAGCCCCAUAUAUUCCUGCGUUCAUGUUUUGAUGAAUUGAAACCCAGUUCAAAGAAAAGCUGA